CUCUCUCUCUCUCUUCCUUUUUUCUCCCUCUUCAGCUUCUUUCACUGUAGCUUCUCUCUCUGCGCAAUUGCCAUUUCUAUCGGCGAUUCAAAAACUUACAAUUCGGAUAGCCAGAGGAUCCGUUCCAAGCUCAGUUGGUGCAGCUUCGGGAUUUGUUGUUUUUGCAGUUGUCGAGGAGGCAGCUGAUUCUUAGCUUCUAAGAAUAGUGAUCCAAGUUAUUAUGUAUAAGUUCUGGAAUUUACAUUGCAAUGCUAGAUAGAGAAAAGGUUGAGUUUAUUGAUAUCUUGCUAUGUUAGUAAUUGUAUAGCAACAUUUAACAAUCAAAGGUUUGGGACUUAAAUUAUCUAUGCCUGGCAAUGAAGUCAGAGAUAGGGUUCACAAUUUUUUCGCACAAGACAGCUUGUCACAAGGAGAACAGCAUUCCCCGGUAGUGGAUGGGAAUUUUUCAGCACUAAGUAAUAUUUUGGGGGUUGGAAGCCAGAGACAGACAGGUGGACUGAGUUCCAACACAUACAAUUUACAGAACUCUGAAACUACGAGAGCAGGUAGCAGUUAUCCAUUUAAUGUGCAGCAUGGCUUGGAAUCUGCACAAUCAACCCCAUGGACUGAGUUUGCUAAAAGUCAGUCACAAAGUCAGCAGCCAAACUUGAAUGGAAACAUGUAUGGUAAUCAGUAUUACCAGACAAAGCAGGAUGAAUCCAGAUUUCUGGCUGUGAAUACAGGUUCUAAUCAGUGUAAUCUAGCCUCCGGUGCCUCAUCUUUUCAUGAAUUGCAGCGAGGGGUGGGUCUUGAGCAGCAGGCAAGGGGACCAGUCAGGUCAGAACCUUCUGGAGGUCCUAUUAGUUUUGAUCUUUUUGGUGGUCAGCAAAUGAACCGUCAGCAAUCAAACAUGCUGCAAUCUUUGCAACGGCAGCAGUCUGGGCUUAACGAAAUGCAGCAACUGCAACAGCAAGUCAUGUUCAUGAAGAUGCAAGAAUUUCAGAGGCAACAGCAACUAGAUGCCAGUCCACAACAUGCAUUAAAUCAGGCUCCUCCCCUUGCUAAGGUGGCAUCUACUAGCCAUUCCCCUGCUUCUGUUAAUGGCACUACAAAUCCCGGUGCAGCAAAUUAUGCGCUCGCAACUGAGAUUGGCAACACUAAUUGGUUGCAACGUGGUUCUCCAGUUCUUCAAGGAUCCUCAAACGGAUUCAAUCCCACAAAUUAUGGCCAAGCUGCACAACAUUUGAUGGGUUUGAUUCCUCAACACAUUGAUCAGUCUCUAUAUGGAACUCCUGUUUCCGAUUCAAGAGGAAGCUUGAACCAAUUUCUACAGAUGGGAACAAAGAAGCCUGCAGUGCAGCCAAUGCCAACCUUUACUGGUUCAUUUCCGGGUAAUGAAUGUGCUGCAUUGUCAGAUCAAGUCAGUGGGCCGGAUGGGACUUCCAUUCCUAGACAGGGAUUACAAGGUGAAAGUUUAUUUGGUCAUACUGUAAGUCAAGCUCAAUCUAAUGCGAUCAAUAUCAAGAACCUUCAGCAAGCAAAUAUUAUGCAAAAAGGUUCAGCUCUCCAGGAUUUCUGCGGCAGACUGGAUCUGACCAAUCCCUCAGAGACCUCGCAGGAGAAAGUGGCACCAACUUCUUCACCAGAGAAUAAAGUUGGUUUAGAUCCUACAGAAGAAAGAAUUUUGUUCGGUUCAGAUGAUAAUAUAUGGAAUGCCUUCUCCAAAAGCCCUAAUAGGAAUGAGGAAGGUGGUAAUCUUUUUGAUAGUGCAGGAUUACUGACCGGAUUUCCUUCUCUCCAAGGUGGUACUUGGAGUGCUCUUAUGCAGUCUGCUGUUGAAGAAGCUUCUAGCAGUGAUGUUGCCCCGCAGGAGGAAUGGGGUGGUUUGAAUUUUCACAGUGCUGAAAUUUCUUCAGGGAAUCAUAAUUUGAUGUACAACAGUGGGAGACAUAAAGCAUCUUCUGCUGAAGACAAAUUGCCCCUAGCCCCUUCCUUGAAUUUUUCUGUUCAGCCCUGUGAUAGCACCAAUAUGAACAACAGCUUUCACAACGUCCAGGAGCACAGGUUUCCGUAUGAGCGAGGCCAGAAUAUGCAAAGGAAUUCUCUAAGACUUGCCCAGUCAUCAGAUGGAGGAAGCAAGUCGUCAGAUUUUGGUCCACUGCAGACAUCAGUUGCUGAAGCAAGCCAGAAAUUUAGCAAUACUUCACAUCCUCUUGACCCUGAGAUGAUUGCAAGAAGGGUUUCUGAUAAUUUGACAGCCCAGCUUGGUGGAGCUACACAACCGUGGAUGAAUUCAGCUAAUUGGGGUGUUCUUGGAUCAGCAGUACCAUCUGGAGAUGCAGCGUUAAGUAUUUCAAGUGAUAACUCAUCAAAACGUUUGCAGGACAACAAUCAGAACAAAUGCAUCCAAGACGAAGUCUUUCAUGUUGGUGUGGCAUUGAAAUCUAGUCCUCGCCGUAUUUCUGCAGUUGGUAUGGAGCAUGCGGGAUCAUCUGUAGCUAGUCUGCAGGGGAAUUCAGAGGUCUUUAGCUUCUAUAACUCUGCCACAGUUCCAAAUUCAAGUAUGAUGAAGGGUGCUGAAGAAACCAAACAAUCUCUUCAAAAUAAUAAUCAAUCUAAUUACUGGACAAAUGCUGAUUUGGUUAAAUCUACUGUAAGUGAAAGUUUGGGGGUUUUACAGCGUCAUGUUAUGAAAGACAACCAGGUUUUGCACUCAUCACCGGAUGUUGGUGACAAAGAGUUUAAAAUGUAUGAGAUGGAGAACAGUGAUAAGAAGGAUAACUCAAAUGACAGCUAUCACUCUAACUCACACCCUCAUUCUUCUGCUGGUGGGGUUGGGGAAAAUGCAUUAUCAGAUGCCAGUGAUUCUAGGUGUCUUCUCAUGGGGAAGCAGAAGUUGUCUAAUCAGGGUGGUCUGAAAAAUUCUUGGCCUCCGAAGUUUCAGUACCAUCCCUUGGGAAACUUGAAUGAGGAUGCUGAUCCUCCUUGUAGCAUGAAACAAUCUACUCAUUCUCAGUCUGUAGUGCAGCACAAUUCCUUGAAUGGACAAUCAAAGGUUUUUGGUCAGGUUCCUCAGAGUCGGGCAGAAUUAGAAAAGGGGAAGUUGCCUGAUGUUUUGAUGGAUGGAAAAGGCUCUCACGAGGUGCAUUUGCAGAGCAGAUCUGGUGUAUCUAAUAUUCCUGGGCUUUUCAAUAGAUCUCUUGACUUACAUUCACCUAAUAAAGUUGCGCAAUCUAGUCCAAACAUGUUACAACUUAUUCAGAAGGUGGACCAAUCGAGAGAGUGUGGUUCUGUGGCACAGUUCGGUCAUUCGGAGCACAAAGCAUCAUAUGAGAUGCCUGAAGCAGAUGAGUCUGAUGAGCCAGUUAGUCAUCACCAGAGAAGUCAGUCUUCUGCCCCUCAAGGCUUUGGAUUGCAACUUGGCCCUCCAUCUGGACGUGCAUCAGUCCGAAGCCAUUCUUUGUCAUCUCAGAGCGCUAUCCAAGCAGUUAGCUCUUCGCAUUCAAAUCAUGCUGCUGUUGACACUGGUGAGAAGAAUCAAGAUCUAAUUCAUCAGGCUCAAUCCUUACUUCCACCUUCUGACCUCUCCCAGGAAGGGUUGAAGAAUAAUAGAUUUGGUAUUCCAGGAAGUAGCAAUAAUGAAACUUCUAUGUACUUAAUGCCAGGAAACCUUUCUCCAGCAUUUGAAUCUCUUUCUGGUUUUCCCUAUAUGGGAGGUCAGAUUAAAAGUCCAAAUGUGGUUAGGACAACUGAGCAAGUCUCAACAAAUCAAUCUGUUAGUGUAUCUUUUGAUAAACAUGUUUCCUGUCAUACAGAGAAAGGCGACUCUCACAGAGGAUCUGCAAAUGGUCAAUCUGUGGGGGCUUCCUUGCCGGAUGUGGCAGGCAAUACACAAGAUAAGAGUGUCCUCCCUGCAUGCAAAUCCCAAUUAAGUAAUGCCAAUGGUGCAGUGAGAAGUAUCUUUACCAAUCAUGUUUCAUCCCAGGAGCAAGUGUCAGUUUCUCAGCCAUUAGUGUCUGGCAUCGCUCAGCAGGAUAUGUCUUCAAAAAUGUCCUCCAGUAUGUGGACUAAUUUUCCACCACCUCAGCAACCUUUUGGUGCUCAGUAUGACAAGAAUCCUUCCCAUAUCUCCCAAUCACAUCAGUUGAAUAUUGUGGAGUCAUCGUUUUCUGCUCCAGGGAGGCGAAGUGAUCAAUACUCCAAUAGAGGAGGGAAUUUGGCUCCCCAGAUUGGUACCAGCUCAGUGAAUUCCCUGGGGUCUGCUGAAGCGGAAGAACAGCGUGCAGAGGGAAGCUCUCCGCAAGUACCAUUGAGAAAUGUUGACCUCGUCCAGAAGAUGAAUGAUUCGCAAGGUAGAGAAUCUAUUGACAAGUAUAUCCUGGGAGGAUCUCCUGCAAAUUCUGUAUCUAUGCAGAGAGAUAUCGAAGCCUUUGGCCGAUCUUUGAAGCCAAACAACUUAUCUCAUCCGAACUAUUCCCUAUUAAACCAAAUGCGGGCCAUGAAACAGGUGGAGAUAGAUCCAAGCAAUAGGGCCUUCAAAAGAAUGAAAGUAGCAGACAGUUGUGCAGGUGCUCUGCAAGUUCCUUCUGGGGACACUGGAAUGCUAGGAUUCUCCGGGCCAGAGGAUUUGCAAAGAAGCAUUUCAUCUCAACAAGUGGGGAAAAUGACUCCUCAGGAUGUACUUGCACUUUGUCAGGAUGAUUCUCAGAGCGGUGCUCACAGCAAUAAUACAAAUUCUGUUAAGCUUGAGCAAACUCAAAAUGGUCCUCAGCUGGAACCUUCCUGGUUAAAUCAGUGCAGAACCUUAAAAAACAGGCAGAUGUUACAGAUGUAUGAUGCACGUAGAGCUGCUGCAAUGAAGACAAUCAAACAAUCUUUCACUAUUGGGAACUCUUCCAGUAGUUUGCAUGCACUUAAUACUAUGCUGCAAGUCAUACCUGCAACUGCCGAUCGAAGUUCAAUCAGUAAUCUUGAGCCAAAUUCUAUCCCCAGCUCUGCUGCAAUUGAGCAUUUUUCUUUCCCGCAGACAUUGCCAGUGAAUGCUGGUCAUCAGCACCAAAUUUUGAAACCCAUGAAGCGGAAACGUGCUACAUCUGAACAUACUCCUUGGUAUAAAGAAGUUUCAGUAGAUUCACGGAGCAAUCAGACAAUCAGCCUGGCAGAAAGAGAGUGGGCUAGAGCUGCUAAUAGGCUUACUGAAAACGUUUACUUUGAACUGCAAUGGCUUCUUGCUUCUGGUUUAGCACAUCUUAAAACAUAUAAAGCUGAUGAAAAUGAGGGCACAAGUACUAAGAGUACUUAUUGGUUGUUCUUGGGAGUUCAUUUUAUCUUUUCAUCUGUUCCACUUCUGUUGAUUAUAUAUUCUAUCUGCUUUUCUGAACUCUGGUUUGCUUUCUAUUUUGUUGUUCCUAUGAUCAGACUGGACAAGAGAGCAUCCUUAUUAGAUGUGAUAGUAGAAGGGCAAGACCAAGAGAAAUUCGCCGUUAUCAAUUGGUUCGCGAAGUUCCACGGCCGGGGACAAUCUGAUGGUGCUGAGACCUCAUCUUCAUCAGGCCCAGCUGCACAUACCCACAAACCUUUUCCCCAGAGAUACGUCACUGCACUUCCAAUACCGAAAAAUCUCCCUAGUGGGGACUGUAUGGAUCAAAAUCUGACCACACGUGGAUUAGCGUUAACAGGAAUGGAACACGAGCAUUCUCACAGGUACGCAAAGAAGGAACGAACGCCGCCAAACAGACCAGGAAAAUGUUCCGUACCAUACCACCUCGCAAGCAAUGAGCGAACAAAGCCCUCUAAGUCGUACCGUACUACAAAUGACAGAAACGGCUCAGAACAGGUCGACAUUGUUAAGAAACAAUCUCCGGAAUCGGGGUCUGAGCGAUGGGCCCAUGAAACGCACAGUAAUCUCCAAUGA